AUGGGGCCCGUGAAUGCCGCAGCAUGUGCCGCCACAGCUGUUCAGCAGUUUCCAAACGUUCGGUUUGCCCUGAUGAUUGGGAUUGCAGGUGGCAUACCAAGCCGAAGUAGGGAUAUUCGGCUGGGUGACGUCGCGGUUGGAAUCCCUGGAGGCAGCCAUCCUGGAGUGCUCCAGUACGAUUUUGGGAAAUAUCAACAAGAUGGAUCGUUCAUCCUCAAAGGCUGCCUGAACAAGCCUCCCUCGAUUCUGAUAAAUUCCUGUCAUCGCCUG